GUUUUAUUGCAAUAUGAAUGUAUUUAUGUGGUGUGUGUUUGUCUGUUUUUAAUCCCAAACAGUUUUACUGAUUGAAGAAAUAAACCUUGAGGGAAAUGCACCACUGUUGCGUAAUGUAGUAACAUGAGCGUAGGAAUCGUCCCAUUGAUUAUAAUAGUACAUCCGCACUGAUAUUAGAAAAAGGAUGGUUUAAAGUGCACUCAAGAUAUAUAUGUAUUUUGUUCUGUGUUGUUGCUGUUGGUUAUAGUGUAACCAAUUAUUAAGUAUCUAUAACUAUAAGACAUGGAAAUUAUGUUUUCAUGUUUGAACUAUUACAGCCAUAGGCUGAUAACUCCCCUUUCCCAACCAACUGGUUGAUUGCCUUAUUGGAAUAUUGUAUUAUAUACAUGCAGGCUAUAGGCGGUCAUAUAUUAUAGGGCAGCCUGUAAGACCUAAUCUGCAGUCAUGAUGGAAGUUUGGGGAUUUGUUAAGUUGUAAAAUAGACUUUGAUAACAUUCAAUGUUUUAUGAUUACACCUCCCCAAUUGAUUGUUAUAUUUCAUACAAUUUCUGAUUUCUCAACCAACUGGAUGAUUGCAUUACAGCGAUAUUGUAUGGUAAGAUAUGUCCAGGCUAGUCCAAUAGCCUAUUAUAUUAUAGGUCAUGCUAAUGCAUAUGCACUGCAGUCAUGAUGGAGAUCCAUCAUGACUGCAUCAUUAUUUGAUAUAUUGCAUACCAUUAGUUUACAUUUGGAAGUUUUGGGAAACGUUCAGUUGUAAAAUAGACAUAGUUAUUUAAUGUAUUUAACAACUUCCAAAUUGGUCAGCCAGUCAGUUGCAUUCAUUCAAAUGAAUGGUAGCGACAUCUUGAGGCCACUCAGUUGAUUCAUAGGGAUUUCUUCUCACAGUAAUCAGUAAUGUCAAACAGGUCAGAUCGCCGUGGACAAGCAUGCGCACUAUCUUUUCCCAUAAAUCCACUGACUGGGCGACUUCUUACUGCAGGUUUCGGAUGACUACGCCUUUAAGAAAGCGGAACUAUGCGCUGGCUUCUGACGCGAGUUGCCUUGCGCUGAAAAUGUGGGCAGGAAACGCCGAGCAAGAAGGGAGAAGUGAUCACGCUUUUUCAGCACCGUUGCACAAUAUAGGCAAUCAAAUGUGCGUCGUUUUCCGCCGCUUAUAUUAAGGAACGGCCCUUCUUCUCGCCAUUUGUGGUCUUUGGGCGAUACACCGUACCCCCGCGAGCUCGACCGGCGACAGACCGCGUUGGUAUCCGAGCGCCAGGGCUGGUUUCCCGUCCUGCUCGGUUCGACAACAUAGGGGCGGCCAGCGGGUGGGAAAAAGGAUUCGUGGAAAGGAGGUGCCUUAUUUCCGACCAGCCAUGAGGGAGUAUAAAGUGGUUGUUUUGGGAUCGGGUGGAGUCGGUAAAUCUGCAUUGACUGUCCAAUUUGUGACGGGGUCCUUCAUCGAGAAAUACGAUCCCACGAUAGAGGAUUUCUACAGAAAGGAGAUAGAAGUCGACUCGUCUCCGUCGGUCUUGGAAAUCCUGGACACUGCGGGGACCGAGCAGUUCGCCUCCAUGCGAGAUCUCUACAUCAAAAACGGGCAGGGUUUUAUUUUGGUCUACAGCCUGGUGAACCAACAGAGUUUCCAAGACAUCAAGCCGAUGAGGGAUCAGAUCAUCCGCGUCAAGAGAUACGAGCGUGUGCCGAUGAUCUUGGUCGGAAACAAGGUAGACUUGGAAGGCGAGCGAGAGGUCUCUUCCGGGGAGGGGAAGGCGCUGGCUCAGGAGUGGAAUUGCCCGUUUAUGGAAACUUCUGCCAAAAAUAAAGGAUCCGUCGAUGAGCUGUUUGCAGAGAUCGUCCGACAGAUGAACUAUUCCACUGUUCCCAGCGGCAGCGACCAGUGCUGCUCUUGUGUGUUGCUCUAAAAGGACACUGUCGGUAGCCAUCUGUGUUGUUAAAGCGUAGGCCUCUGUCGAACCCUAGUUCACAACUUCUUGAUAACCCAUGAUGUGUUUUCUGGUCGCAGGCUUCGCGAGUAUUUUUUCUUUUACACUGUUGUCUUAUUGCACACAAAAGAAAUUGACGGCAGCAGCAAAAUGAUUAUGUAAAUAGUCUGGAAAGUGUUUACAUGACAAAGUACUUGAAUGUUAACGAUUUUUAUAGCUUUGUAUAUGACACUUCUCUGGAAAUGUGCCUCAAUGGGAAUGUCUUGUGAACCUAGGAGAAACGCUUAAUGUUUUGUUUAUGGACAGUGAUGUUUUUGAUUUUGAUCUUUGAGUAGAACUGUUAAGUCUUCUUGGGUGGAACCAUUUGUACAGAGAUGGGAUUUUCUUCCCACCUACUCUGGCAGAACUGGGGUUGGUCAUUAUUGGGCGGGGUGGGGGUGCAUCUUACUUUGGGCUUACAUGGUUCAUACGCCCUAAAACUACAGAAAUGGGGCUGUUUGGAUAUGCUCAUAAGACUAUCAAGCAAACAAGCACCAGUCAAGCCUUGCAUUUAGUCUCUGGAACCAAAACAUCCAAGUAUGAAUCAUGAGACAUCAGGCCUCCGCCACCACCUUAAGAAACCGUGCUACAGAGGAUCAACAGUAUGUGGCGUUACAGAUAGCCUAUAUACCCCCACACCCCUAACCCCUCUUCCUGGUAUGGUGAAAGUGGACUUCUUCUACUAACUGAACUUGCACUUAGCUGACGGUUUUCCUGGGUGUGCAGUGCGGAACGUGGACCUUUUGUAGUGCAGUGUUGUGGCGGCAUGGGGAGAAACGGGGCUCCCAUGUUAAGUGCCUUCCUAUAAAACAAUAUUCCUGUGACUGUGCCAACAGAUGAGCCCGUGUACUUCUGCAGUGCGUCUUAAUGGCAAUCAUAGAACCCUUAUCCGCAUUUCUCCUGUUUUUCAGAUAACAUUAGUGUUUGUUCGAUUCCCAAUCGGGAGUCAAAGUGAACAGAGCCUCUUCCCUGUUUAUUUUCUCCCCCUUGUUUUAAGGUUCUGUGGCGGUUGGGACAUUCAGCUCAACAACAGGCCGAAUGCUUCAGAUCUGUCCUUUUUAUUCUUCUGGUGGUAUUAGUGGGCCACAAAGUAUGAAACCCUCGACAACCACAUGA